AUGAAGACCGCUCUAUCCCUAUUUGCCUUGGUCUCCUCAACCCUUGGAGCCAACAUCCCUAGAGGUUGGGGUCAUGGUGGUGAUCACGUUAGCUAUACUACCGAGGUGAUCGUUACUUACACGACUGUCUGCCCCGAAACGACCACGAUCACCAAAGGUGGUGAGACUAUCACCAAGACGUACACUACCACCAGCACCGUAGAGACAAAGGUUCCCACCGUCAUCACCGUUACCGACGUUGCUCCCCCAGUAACCAAGACGGAUGAAGCCAUCAUUUACACCACUAUCACUGAGCUAUGCCCCGUUACUGAAACCAAGGUAGUCGGCGGCUCUACUGUAGAGGUUGUCUGGACAUCCACCUCCACUCUUUACACCAAGGUCCCUCAUACCGAAACUGUCUACACCACUUCAGUUGCAACAGAGUAUGAACACACCAACGUCUACGAGACGGUCGUAUGCCCCGAGACGGUUAUCACGACCGUCUCCAAGGGUGAAACCGUCUACAUAACCAAGACCAAUACCAUUACCACGGCCGUCACCGAGGUUCACACCUACACCACCGUGAUCCCCCAGACCAUCACCAAGGCUGUUGAUGUCACCAUCCCCAUUACCAAGAGCGCGGGCGUCAUUGAGACCAAGUACUCGACUGUCGUCGUUUCUGCGAACAACACCAUCUACACCUCCAUCGCUCCUCCUCCUACCACCGUCAUCCUUCCCACUACCUCAACCGUGGGAUCUUCGCCUAUCGGUGAGACCAGCGCUGCUGCUCCCCCUGUCGAGGGUGUGGCCAACGUUGUCAUGCAGAAGAGCCCAGUUGUGGCACUGAUUGCUGGUCUCUUUGGCGUUAUUGCUUUCCUCUAG